ACCGUGCUUUGCGGCGGGGCCGGCCCGUCUUACCCAGAGUCGCCCUGCAGCGAUCGCGCGUCUUUCCACCGAGGCCCCGGAUGUAGAAUCCCUCCCACCCGUUCAGUGGUCAUGGCCUCACAGUGUCGCUAAGACUUGGGGCUCUCUCAUUGGCUGUAACUCUUCUACUGGAUUGGAAGCAAAAAAAGAGGCGGUGCACAAGGCGAACGGCGCCUGUGACUACAGCCAAUCAGAAGCGAGGCCGGGCUUUGGCGGGAGGUGGGAACACUGUGGCCAUUCGAAUUUGGCGCGAGCGCGGCUGUAUUUUGCUGCUGCUGGUGUGCAGUUUGUUCAGGGGCUAGUGGUGGUGAGUCCCUGAGCCUGCGUGUGAGAGACGUGAGAAGGAUCCUGCACUGAGGAGGUGGGAAGGAGAGGAUUGCUCGAGGAGGGCUGGGGUUUGUGAGGCAGCGGAGUUGCGUGAAGGCUGCGGGUUCCGGCGAGGCCCGAGCUGUGCUGCCAUCAUGCCUCAAACCCGAUCCCAGGCACAGGCUACAAUCAGUUUUCCAAAAAAGAAGCUGUCUCGGGCAUUGAACAAAACUAAAAACUCAAGUGAUGCCAAACUAGAACCGACAAAUGUUCAAGCUGUAACCUGUUCUCGUGUAAAAGCCCUGCCUCUCAGCCCCAGGAAACGUCUGGGUGAUGACAACCUAUGCAACACUCCCCAUUUACCUCCUUGUUCUCCACCAAAGCAAGGCAAGAAAGAGAAUGGUCCCCCUCACUCACGUACACUUAAAGGACGAAGAUUGGUAUUUGACAAUCAGCUGACAAUUAAGUCUCCUAGCAAAAGAGAACAAGCCAAAGUUGACCAAAACAAAAUACUUUCUUCAGUUAGAAAAAGUCAAGAGAUCACAACAAAUUCUGAGCAGAGAUGCAUACUGGAGAAAGAAUCUGCAUGUGUGAGAUUAUUCAAGCAAGAAGGCACUUGCUACCAGCAAGCAAAGCUGGUCCUGAACACAGCUGUCCCAGAUCGGCUGCCUGCCAGGGAAAGGGAGAUGGAUGUCAUCAGGAAUUUCCUGAGGGAACACAUCUGUGGGAAAAAAGCUGGAAGCCUUUACCUUUCUGGUGCUCCUGGAACUGGAAAAACUGCCUGCUUAAGCCGGAUUCUGCAAGACCUCAAGAAGGAACUGAAAGGCUUUAAAACUAUCAUGCUGAAUUGCAUGUCCUUGAGGAGUGCCCAGGCUGUAUUCCCAGCUAUUGCUCAGGAGAUUUGUCAGGAAGAGGUAUCCAAGCCAGCUGGGAAGGACAUGAUGAGGAAAUUAGAAAAACAUAUGACUGCAGAGAAGGGCCCCAUGAUUGUGUUGGUAUUGGAUGAGAUGGAUCAACUGGACAGCAAAGGCCAGGAUGUAUUGUACACACUAUUUGAAUGGCCAUGGCUGAGCAAUUCUCGCUUGGUGCUGAUUGGUAUUGCUAAUACCCUGGAUCUCACAGAUAGAAUUCUGCCUAGGCUUCAAGCUAGAGAAAAAUGUAAGCCACAGCUGUUGAACUUCCCACCAUAUACCAGAAAUCAGAUAGUCGCUAUUUUGCAAGAUCGACUUACUCAGGUAUCUAGAGAUCAGGUUCUGGACAAUGCUGCAAUUCAAUUCUGUGCCCGCAAAGUCUCUGCUGUUUCAGGAGAUGUUCGCAAAGCACUAGAUGUUUGCAGAAAGGAGGACUUGUUUCUCAGUGGGGAGCUCUGGAUUUCCACCGUGUUAAUGUCUGAAACAUUAUCAGUCCAUUACCUACAGAGGGAGAAACAAAUGAGAUGUUGCUGGCACUCCCUGUGGAGAGCUAUUGAAAUUGUAGAGUCAGAUGUCAAAAGCCAGACUAUUCUCAAACCACUGUCUGAAUGUAAAUCACCUUCUGAGCUUCUGAUUCCCAAGAGGGUUGGUCUUAUUCACAUAUCCCAAGUCAUGUCAGAAGUUGAUGGUAAUAGGAUGACCUUAAGCCAAGGAGCACAAGAUUCCUUCCCUCUUCAGCAGAAGAUCUUGGUCUGCUCUUUGAUGCUUUUGAUCAGGCAGUUGAAAAUCAAAGAGGUCACUCUGGGGAAGUUAUAUGAAGCCUACAGUAAAGUCUGUCGCAAACAGCAGGUGGCAGCUGUGGACCAGUCAGAGUGUUUGUCACUUUCAGGGCUCUUGGAAGCCAGGGGCAUUUUAGGAUUAAAGAGAAACAAGGAAACCCGUUUGACAAAGGUGUUCUUCAAGAUUGAAGAGAAGGAAAUAGAGCAUGCUCUGAAAGAUAAAACUUUAAUUGGAAAUAUCUUAGCUACUGGAUUGCCUUAAAUUCUUCUCUUACACCCCAUCUGAAAGUAUUCAGCUGGCAUUUAGAGAGCUACAGUCUUCAUUUUAGUGCUUUACACAUUCGGGCCUGAAAACAAAUAUGACCUUUUUUACUUGAAGCCAAUGAAUUUUAAUCUAUAGAUUCUUUAAUAUUAGCACAGAAUAAUAUCUUUGGGUCUUACUAUUUUUAUCCAUAAAAGUGACCAGGUAGACCCUUUUUAAUUACAUUCACUACUUCUACCACUUGUGUAUCUCUAGUCAAUGUGCUUGCAAGUGUACAGAUCUGUGUAGUGGAAUGUGUAUAUAUUUACCUCUUUGUUUGCUCAAACAUGAGUGGGUAUUUUUUUGUUUGUUUUUUGUUUUUUGUUUUUGAGGCCACAUCUCACCCUGUUGCCCAGGCUAGAGUGCAUUGGCGUGUUCUCUGCUCACUGCAGCAUCCGCUUCCCAGGUUGAAGCGAUUCUCUUGCCUCAGCCUCCCGAAUAGCUGAGAUUACAGGUGCCCACCACUGUGCCCAGCUAAUUUUUGUAUUUUUAGUAGAGACAGGGUUUUACCAUGUUGGCCAGGCUGGUCUUGAACUCCUGACCCUCAAGUGAUCCACCCACCUUGGCCUUCCAAAGUGCUGGGAUUAUAGGCGUGAGCCACCACGCCCAGCCAUGAGUGUAUUUUGUUAAGAACUUUGAGAUUAGGGUAAGAAGAAUGAAAAUGAUCCAGAAAAAUGCAAGAAAGUCCACAUGGAGAUUUGUAGGACACUGGUUAAAGAAUUUCUUUUUGGAGUAUACUAUGUUCAUGGUGCAGAUACUAUGACAUUAUGGCAUUUUAAAGACUCGUUGAGUUUCUUGGGCACUCCCAAGGGCGUUGGGGUCAUAAGGAGACUGUAACUCUACAGAUUAUGAAUAUAUUUAUUUUCAAGUUGCA